AAGUGGAAGAAAGUAAUUUGCUGAGAUGUCAUUUGGGAACUUUCUCCAAGAAAGUCUGGAAGUGGAGAGUUUUCACACGAGGUUCAGUGCCUGGACACCUUUUAACAACCAGUUCUUAAAUAGACAGCUCUUUCAAGAAAGAGUUACUCUCAUAAGUCACUGGUUUGACCUCUGGACCAACAAGCAACGGCAGGAAUUCUUAUUCACAAUUCUUUCACAAUGCUCUAAAUCACAAUUAAGGUUCAUCCAAGACUGGUUUUCAGAAAGGAAGCAGGUGGCCAGAGUGGAUUUCUCGACAGUGUUACCACGCUUCAUUUCUCUUUAUAUCUUUUCCUUUCUGAAUCCAAAAGACUUGUGUGCAGCUGCUCAAGUCAGCUGGCCCUGGAAGUUUCUAACGGAACAGGAUUGCCUAUGGAUGCCUAAAUGCACUAAGUUCGGAUGGUUUUUGCCCUAUACUCCAACACAGAAUGAAUACGGAGCUUGGAAGCAUCACUACAUUGCUUGUGUCUCCAGCCUGGACUGGCUGACACCCAGGGAAGCUGCUGCUGUCUAUGGAACAUUGAAUGAGCCCAAAACAGAAGAUGAGGAGCUCCAGGAGAGGCAAAGAGAAAAGUGCCUAAGGAAAAUGAUUUGGGAGAAAAUUGCAUUCCAUAAGAAGGAGUUACUCAAAGCUCGACCCCCCUGGCUGAGUGGAACACGCUGCUCCAGGUUACAGAAAUGCACGAGCCUGCCUGGUGGUCCUCAUCUGUGGAGACAUGGAGCCAGGCUCUAUGAAACACUGGAGAGACAGUUUGUUCACACAUCUUUAGAUGCUUUGCCCAAGCAAAGCCAUCUAUCUGGGAGUCACUCUUACUCUUUAAUAAAGAAAAAUCAUCGUGAGGUUGGCCGAACUAAUGACAACUCUUCCUGUGCUUUGCAACCACGCAUCAUCCUAAUCUCAUCUCGGAUUCCUGCAUAUGAGAUGGUGAUGGAGAGCGUUAAGGCUGGCAUCGUGGCUGUGCUAUAUGAGCACAGCGGAGUGACACUGGAGGGCCUGCUUCAUCUCACACACAGAGCUCUGCAAGGACGAAAGGCACAGAGCCUAGGAAUAUUUAGCAGUGGAAACAGCAGAGAAAUAGACUUACUCCAAGGCUAUAACAUUUGUAUUAAAAAUUUACUGUGGCCUGAAGUGAGAGACUUCUGGGAGAAACUAGGAAGCUGUGUGGCCACUGAAGAAGAAGGGGGACGUGUAGACUUCUUUGUGCCACUGGGAGCAUCAGAAGCGGGCCUAGAAGUUCUUUCUCAGCUGUCUCAACUAACUGGCACCCUCUUCUCCGCCCCCACUGGAAUUGCGACUGGCUCAUAUCAACACAUUCUCAGUGACUGGCUGUGGCCAGAGCAGGGUCAGAAUCCUCCUUCUAACUACUUUAGCGAGUCCAAGCUGCAGGCAUGGUCCAGCUUCACAGAAUUCCUGGAAGACACCUUGAAAUCAGUGAGGACGGAGUUGAAGCCGCUCUUUAAGAACCUGCAGGAGAGUAUCAGCGGCCGGAUGAUAGGGCAAUUUAUGUUUGACACUCUGGGUAUGAGCAGCAUUCUAAAUAACCAAGACACUGUACAGACUCUGGCAGAGGGACUGAUGGAGCUGUCAAAAGAAGGAUCUGACAAACCUCUGGAAUUUUUGUCAUACUUUCUGCUGAAGAAAUCUAGUAAAAAGAACAACGAUUUUGAAGGAAAUGGUAUUCUGACAGAAGGUGACCUGAAAGAAGCUUGGGAUCCACUCAUGAAGGAGAGAAAACUCCAGAUGGACUCAGUAAAGAAACGAACCCAAGUUGUAAGGGAGCUUGUACAGAGUGAGAGACGGUACGUGCAAAUGCUGGAAAUCGUGAGGGACGUGUACAUCAGGCCCUUGAGGGCAGCGCUGUCUUCAAACAGGGCCAUUCUGAGUGCUGCCAAUAUCCACAUCAUUUUCUCUGACACUCUGCGCAUCUUAAAUCUCAACAGAGAGUUUCUAGAUAACCUAAAAGACAGACUACAGGAAUGGAGCCCAGCCCACUGUGUGGGAGAAAUAUUCAUAAAGUUUGGAAGCCAGUUGAACACAUACACCAAUUUUUUCAACAAUUAUCCAGUUGUUCUGAAAACCAUCGAGAAGUGCAGAGAAAUGACACCAGCAUUCAGAGCUUUCCUGAAGAGGCAUGAUAAAACCAUUGUUACCAAAAUGCUGAGCCUGCCAGAGCUGCUUCUGUACCCGUCCCGGAGAUUUGAAGAAUAUAUUCAUCUUCUCUAUGCUCUGAGACUCCAUACUCCUGCAGGACACGUAGAUCGUGGGGACCUGACCACUGCAAUUGAUCAAAUCAAAAAAUAUAAAGGCUACAUAGAUCAGAUAAAGAAAAACCUCAAAAUGAGAGAGCAGCUUUCUGCUAUGCAGACAGUCAUCUGGGGGUGCCCCACUCUAUCAGAAAUAAACAGAUACCUCAUCAGGAUCCAAGAUGUAGUUCAACUUCACUGCUGUGAUGAGAAAAUGGAUUUCUCCUUAAGGCAGUAUGAACAGACCCGAGACCUCAGUCUCUUUCUCUUCAAUGAUGCACUGCUUAUCACCAGUCGAAGCACAUCCCAUAUUCCAUUUGAAAGGACUUCUAAAACAACCUACCAGUUCAUUGCAUCAGUGCCCCUUCCCAGGGUGCUCAUAGAAGACAUUCCAGACUCCAAAUAUGUCAAGAAUGCAUUUAUUCUUCAAGGUUCAAAACAUGAAUGGAUCUGUGCUACUGAGGUGGAGGAUGAUAAAUUCCUUUGGUUGUCAGUACUCCAACAUACAAUCAGAAGCAGUAUGAAGUAAGACUAGAUUCAAAGAACAUAGUAUCCUUGGAAAGUCAGAUAAUGUAUAUUUUGUGCUUCAGAACAUCUAGUGAGAAGCACACAGAUAUUUAUCAUGGAUAAUAAGGAGAUGAGAGAGCUAGGACGGCCAGUGAAGUUCCUUCCAACUUUUAAAAUCCAUGAUAAAGCAUGGUGUAAUGUAUAAAAACAAUGAGUUUAAAAUUUUGAACUGUAUCUUGUGGUAACUACUGCUCAUAAGCAUUACUCAAGACAAUUUGAUACGAUGAGUAACAAGAAAAAAACAUAUUGUAUAGGUUUUUAACAAACGUGUAAUAAAAA